AAAUGCAACACUCCAUGGACCCCCUCUUGGAUUCACCACCGACCUCACCUCUCCCCACCUUCCCCCGUACACCGGAACAUGCGGCCUCUCCACCUGGCACACCUUCAUUGGCAACACCUCCACCUCCGUCGGCAACACCUCCACCACCUCCACCGAGACGCCGUCGUGACCGUGAUAGAGACAUAGUUACAAUGCCACACUGGGAUGCACUUCCAUCAUCCAGGGAGUACCCCGCCUUUGCCAGGAGGCUGGGGCUCCUCAGAUUUAACAAUCUCGAUUUUCCUGCGGCGAGAUACCGUUUUACCGAGCAGAGGUUAAGGACAUUUACUAUGGGGAGGUGGCCCACAGACCACCCCCUAACCCACAACCAAUUGGCCAUGGCAGGGUUUUUCUAUUAUGGAUUGGAUGACGUUACAAUAUGUCACUACUGCGGGUUAGGGUUAAACUUGUGGGAAAAAGGCGAUGACCCUGACACUGAGCAUGCACGCUAUUCACCGCUUUGUGAUUAUAUAAGGUUAAGAAAGGGGGAUGAUUUCAUUCAUCAUGUAUAUAAAAAUUCUGUGGUACAUGCGGACCCAGAAAUUAAAAUCCCCUCUCGUUUUAAUAUUAACAUUCACAAAGUGUCAGGGUCAUCACCACCUGCUUUGCCACCUCCCCCUGUGGCGCAAAAUCCGAAGUCUGAUGAAACUGAUUCUCAUCGAGGCAAAUGCCUCAUUUGCCUCGAUGAGAAGGCGGAUGUAGUUGUUUUACCUUGUGCACAUUUACACACCUGUGCAGUCUGUAUAGUUAGUCAAGACAAAUGCCCUAUGUGUAGGUGCGAUAUAGAGUACACUCUGAAAGUUUAUUGUUAGUUUUAAGAAGAUUAUUUUAUUUUUUGUAUAUAUCUCUUAUUUUCUGUGAUACAUGUCACUGUAUUUUAUUAAUAAAUAAU